UAGAUGUAUGAUUAGAUGUUAUUCUGGACGAAAAGAAACAGCAAAACUUGAAAACAGUUGAAAACAUUCCAUUCAAUAUCCUAAAACGAUGAAUUAGUUCAGUAAGGAAUAGUUUCUUCAGUGUACUAUCAGUGAAUUAAAUGUUUUAUAGUUAUUUGUAUACGAUUUAAAUCAUAAAGAUGCAAUGGUUAUAUUUUCGAAAGUUCUUUGGAAAAGUAAGAAAACUAUAUUCAUCGAAUAAUCGUCGAUUCAGCAGCAAUUCCAAUGCUUUUGUAUAUGGGCAUGAUAUAGUAGCAGCAAAAAAAAAUGGACUACCAAUUGUGGCCCUAGAGUCUACAAUUAUCACUCAUGGAAUGCCUUAUCCUGAUAAUUUAAAAACAGCUAUUAAAGUUGAAAAUGCUGUUAGAACAAAAGGUGCUGUACCUGCUACUAUAGCAAUUGUAAAUGGGCAGAUACAUAUCGGUCUGAACCAGGACCAAUUGGAAACCUUGGCUGUAACAGAUUCUACGAAAACUAUUAAAUGUUCACGUAGGGACAUAUCGUCAAUUGUGAGUCAAAAGUUAAACGGAGGAACAACUGUUAGCGCAACUAUGUUAUUAGCUAAUUUAUCGGGUAUACCAAUAAUGGCAACAGGAGGUAUCGGUGGUGUUCACCGUGGAGCAGAAUUAACUUUCGACAUUAGUGCCGAUUUAAUAGAACUUGGACGUACACCUGUAGCUGUUGUUUGCUCAGGUGUCAAAUCUAUUUUAGAUAUUGAGAAAACGCUAGAAUACCUAGAAACUCAGGGAGUUCCUGUAAUAAAAAUUGGCGACACAAAUCAUUUCCCAGCAUUUUAUUGCACCGAAACAUUUCAAAAAAUAAACGUGCAGCACAAAGUUUCCAAUUCAAAAGAAGCAGCAGACAUUCUAAAAACUCAAAGAAAAUUAGGUCUUCGAACAGGAUUACUGUUUGCCGUUCCUAUUCCUAAAGCGUAUGCGUUAGAUCCGAAAGAAAUGGAAUUAGCGAUAUGCAAAGCUUUAGAAAGUGCAAAAUGUAAGGAUAUAACUGGAAAGAGUAUAACUCCAUUUUUGUUAGAGGAGUUAAAUGAAAUCACUUAUGGUCGAUCUCUUCAAGCCAACAUGGCACUCAUAGAAAAUAAUGCAAACAUGGCAGCAGAAAUAGCAAUAAAUCUUAUCGAGAAGCGUCAAAGUUUUCCUAAUAGCACAGCAUCUAAAUGUUUUCUAAAAUCAGAACAGAGGCCGGUUGUAAUUGGCGGAGCUGUGAUGGAUACCACGUUACAAGUGAAGGAGCCUGAGAUAAAAGACGAUGGUAGAACGCAUGCCGGUAUAAGUCGUGACAGUUGCGGCGGUGUCGGACAAAAUAUCGCCAACGCCUUGAUCAGCCUCGGUCUGAACACCACCAGACUAAUAUCCGUCGUCGGUAACGACCAACCUGGGAAAGCUAUAAUUAAAAGUCUAGGAGACGGUGGUCAGACCGUCGAGCAGUUAUCAAACAAGAGCACGGCUAGGUGUACUGUAAUAAUCGACUACAAAGGUGAAUGUCGUUUUGGAAUCGGCGAAAUGGAUAUCUUGGCUGGCAUUAGUCCAAAUUUGGUUAAAAAAUAUCAGUCGCAUGUAGAAAAAGCUAGCUUUAUUGUUCUCGAUGGUAAUCUACCUCUGGAUACGAUACGAUACGUUUUAGACCUCGCAGCAUACUCAAAAAUUCCAGUUUGGUACGAACCUACAGAUGUGAGGAAGGCAACAAAAGUAUUUGAAGUGAAAGCACAGUGGCGUGAUGUUCUGCAUUUUACAUCUCCAAACAGAAAUGAGUUAAAAGUAAUUGGAAAAUAUCUUGGAAUACAAGUGCCUGAAAGUAAAUCGAUUAUGGACUUGGAAGAAGUAAAAAUAAUCGCAGAACAAGUAGCUGAAUUUGUUCCAGUAGUUAUAAGUACAUUAGGAUCACAGGGAGUAUUGGUUGUUCGUAAAGCCUCAGGAAGUAAUCCUUUUUAUGAUAAAAAUGGUAAUUUAGUUGAAAAUACCAUGAUUACUUCUCGUUUGUACCCACCCUUAUGUUACACUUCCGAAAAUCCAAAUGAAACAUUUAACGUAAGCGGCUGCGGAGACUGUCUUACUGCCGGAAUAAUUUAUGGUAUUCAUAAAAAUCUAUAUGAAACCGAUUGUCUUUCUUUAGGCUUAAAGGCUGCUGCACUUUCUUUAACAUCGUUAGAUGCGGUACCUGCUUCGCUUUCAUUGUUAUGCAGUGGUACAAAAUGUUAACAGAUAUACUAAUUAUUAAGAAAUGUUAAGAAACCUAUAUGCUAACUAUAUUUUAUUUGUACGUUAAAAAUAUUUCUUUUUUUUUUUUUUUUUUUUUA